AAAUCAGCAACAUGGAAGCGACAACGCGAUGAUCCAGUCGGUUUUGUGGAUUUUGUCGACUGAGUAACCUCACAGAUCAUCGGCUGAAUCCAAAAGGUGCCCCUGACCAUCAAUCGUCUUGCGUCAAUCCAAGCCAUGGCUGAGGGCGGAAUUCCAUCCUGUUUUAACUGUGUAAUAUGUGGUCAGGAUGGGCUGAGUGAGCAGGAGAUGAGGACACAUGUACUGUUGGAACACGUGGAGGCGUCUGUGUGCUGCCCCUUCUGUGACAUCCAUGGGGGUUCUGUGGAAGAAAUUGAAGACCAUAUGUACAUGGAACAUCUUGAACUCCUGAGUCCGAACAAGAGACAAAGCAGCGACGGCGAGGCCGAUAACCCUCGAUCAGAUUCUUCUAGUUCACGUGAUAAGUCUAGUUUUAAAAAGGGGAAAAAGGCCCCGUAUGUAAAUUUGGAAUAUUUUAAUAAGAGUUUAGUAGACAUAACUAAAGACGGGGGUAAAUUAUUUUCAGGUAGUAAAGGGCAGGUGAUGCCCGUUGUCCAUAGGAGAUCUGACUGUGAAUGGGAUUCGGGUCAGAAUGUAGUGGCACACGACCUGUCUGAUACAGUGAUGGCGGAGUCGUCAGUCCUUGAAAGGACAGAAUUUAUUAAUGCAGAGACGGGGGAGAAGAUGUACAAACUUCCUGUUGUUCAUGUGAUGUCCAACCCAGACAGUCAACUUCCCCAAAACAAGAUGUCUUCCCUAGCCAGUAAAAGGGCACGGCUUUCUCUAGACGUUUCCCCCUGCAGCAAAAACUCGCCCCCCAAACCCACUGGUGAUACAUCAAGCUCUACCAGUUCAGGAUCUGAUUUCCACUGCCCACUAUGCAAAUUCACCACAUCGUCAGAAGCUGAAAUUCAGCGGCAUGUCAAUGUGUCUCACUUGGACGUAUUAAGUCCUGCCAAACCCAGUGGCAGUGGCAGUAUGGAGGGUCCUGGGUUCAGUCAGAUGGAGAAUGGAGCGAGUGCCGACAGUGACCAGUUCAUGGAGAUCGUCCCAGAAGGUGAACCUAUCCCUAGUACAAGUCAUCUGGACUUUGAGUGCCCCAUAUGUAACAUGCACUUGGAUUCAAGUUUGUCUCUCGAACUCCACGUCAACUCGAAACAUUCAGAUGUUCUUAGUCCUGAUGUCCCUGCUAGUGAAUCAGACUCAGUCCUUGCUGAAGCUACGACGAGUUGUGCCAUGGAUGAUGAUACACUGUGCCCUGUCUGUAAUGUUCAUAUACCGGACCCUGUCACCAUGACAGCGCAUGUGGAAGGUCAUUUUUCUUCUGAACAGAUUCCUGGGUCGUCAGAAGAUAGAGAUGUUGCUUGUCAGAUACAGGCCAAGGAAUUAGCCAAUCAGCUGACAGGAGAUGCAGCCAUGGCAGCUGACUUAGUAAACAGGGAGCUGAUGGAUGAAAUACUAGCAAAAGAUAUAGCUGAAAAAGAGCAGUCUGAACAGUUGGAUGAGCAGAAACAGUUUGAAAAGCUUCAGGCCCAGUUUGGAAUGGACAACAAAAACAACUACAAGAAACAGUACGAGCUGAACCUGGAGAGAGCUGUGUGUAAAGGGCAGAUAAGCAUGAACGAGUUCUACAGCCACAAGACUUCACUUGUACACAGCGGUGUAAAUGGCAUUGAUGAUGGUCACUCCUGUACAAAAGGUGUGAUAGAUCAGCUGCAUCAGUUUUAUGAGAAGUUACCCGCUAACGUGUCCGGGGUGUGGCUGUGCAGUGAGGCAGACCAUUAUGCUGCCUCCCAUGGGGAUAAGGGGUGGGGCUGUGGAUACAGAAACCUACAGAUGUUGCUCUCCUCUUUAGCCACUGACGACACAUACCAGAAGAUUCUCUUUAAUGGUCGCCCUUUGAUUCCCUCCAUACCCAAGAUACAGAGGUUGAUAGAGACUGCCUGGCAGAAGGGGUUUGAUGUCCAGGGGGCUGAGCAGCUGGGUGGUAAACUAGUGAACACGUCCAAGUGGAUAGGUGCCACAGAAAUAACAGCCACUCUACUCUCCCUCAGGGUCAGAUGUGAGUUGCUGGAUUUCCACACCCCAACAGGCCCUGCUGGCACCCACCCACAGAUGUUGACCUGGGUCAGAGACUACUUUAUGAGAUCUGCACCACAUAAGCCCCCUCUGUAUCUACAGCAUCAGGGUCAUAGCAGAACUAUUGUGGGUAUAGAAGAGCUGAAGGAUGGUUGCCUGCGGCCAUUAUUAUUUGACCCCAGCUGCAGCAAGCGGCAGAUGGAACAGCUCAAAGGGGAAGUAACUGCGAACCAUUUACGAAUGCUGCGACGGACAAUCCAGGGUCUCAAAGCCAAACAGUAUCAGAUUGUAGCAGUUAUGGGUAUAUUGGAAGAGGAUCAUUAUGAAAACAGUAAAGUCAUCCGAUCACAACGAAUUCCAUAAAUGUGUAUUGGGUCUUACUGAAUUUUUAGUGCUAUUUAUCAGUGUGUCUUUUCAUGCCUGUACAUGAACCAAAUUUAUACUGUGAAGAAUUCCACCCAAGCAACAUAAGCAAGAAUCAUUUUGAACUAGUUGGAAAGUUGUGGGUCUUGCUAAAAACAGGCUUUCGACGGCUGUUCUCAAAUAUCAUAAAGAAGGUAGAAAUCAUGAUAGAUGCUGUAAUAAUUACUGGAAGGGUACAUGGAGUUUUCCAAAAAAAAAAAAGCCAAAAUCUCAUCCUACACAUUAUGAAAAUUGCCUUUGAUGGAUUACAAGCUUAUAUUUGCAUGUUUAUGAUAUCCAUUUUAUAUUAGAGACACUCAUGCAUAUCAAACUCAAGACAUUCUUUUACACUUUUUAACAUGUACAGUCUCAGUUUUUUGCUUGCCCAAAAUUCCUCAUGAAGUUUUUUCUCACAGUAAGUCUUCUAAGAUAUCUUUUUACUGUUGUAUUGACAUGCGACAAAAGAAACAAGCAUCCUCUUAAAAGUGUUUUUAGUCAUUGAUUU